UUGUUCUCCGCUUCUUCGGCGUAGGCAUUCUCCAGUCAGGCGAUACAACAACAAUGGUGAAGGGACGUCAAGGAGAGCGCGUCAGACUCUAUGUGAGGGGAACCGUCCUUGGAUACAAAAGGUCCAAGUCGAACCAGUACCCAAACACAUCUCUUGUCCAGAUUGAAGGAGUUAACACCCAAGAGGAGGUGUCGUGGUAUCAGGGAAAGCGGAUGGCUUACAUCUACAAGGCUAAGACAAAGAAGAACGGAAGCCAUUACCGAUGCAUCUGGGGAAAAGUCACGAGGCCUCACGGUAACAGCGGUGUGGUUCGGGCCAAAUUUAAGUCGAACUUGCCACCAAAGUCAAUGGGAGCUCGGGUCAGAGUCUUCAUGUAUCCGAGUAACAUAUGAACAGGGUAGGCUUCAAAACGCAUUCUAGUUCUCUGCAGGAGGUUUAGGUACAUCUGUGCUGUAUCCUCCCAUGUGAAGGACUUGUUUUGUUUGAAGCGUUCAUCUGUUAUAAACUGAGACAUAGAUUGGUGUUUAAUCACUACUAUAGUUUGUUUUUGUUUUUUUAGUGUAUUAGAUUCGGUUUUUCAUAUUGACUUCUUUAUUUAAAUGUUUUGGCGUUUCAUUAAAAUGAAUGUUGAUGGAUGAUGAAA